AUGAUGCAAAGCGCCUCGACAUCAUCACACUCGACCAAGAGUUCGAUCUUCUGCGCGGGCUCCUCGUUUGAAGGCAAAGGAAAGAAAUCGAGGAGGAAUGUGUUUGCCGCUCGAACGAAAAAAACGAGGAGGCAAUCUGCGGUGCACAUCGAAGCCAUCCAAACGCCGAAGAAACCGUCCUCUUCCUCUUCCUCUUCCUCCGUUGAAUCGUCCUCCGUCCCUGUGCAUAAAAGAGGAGAAGAAGACGACGCGAAAGAAGCGUAUCCGUUCGAAAAGGAGUAUAAAGAUUACCAAACCGGGUACGCCUCUGUCCCAGGCCUGGCGUACGAGAACCAAGGGUGGGUGACGGAAGUGGAAGGCGAAAUCCCAAACGAGAUGGAAGGGACGUUGUUACGAAACGGGCCCGCCAUGUACGAGAGAGAAGGCUUUAUCAAAUCGUACUUGGACGGGGACGGCAUGGUGACGUCCGUGGCGGUGAAGGACGGGAAAGCGUAUUUUCGGAAUAAAUUUGUCGUGACGGAGGAUUUUGACGAGGAAGAGAGAACGGGGAAGUAUAUUAAGAGUUCUAUUUUCACGGCGGAGGAUCCGAGACCGUUCGCGUUUGGGCAGAGAUUGUUCAAAGACUUGUUGGGAGGCGAUAUUUCCAAAAAACAAAACGGGGCGUAUAACGUCAUCAAUUGGGGUGGAUCUUUGUGCGCGGUGGAUUAUAAGAAACCGUACGCGUUGAAUCCGGACACUUUGGAAACGAUUGGUCACGGGAACUGUCCGUUGAGUUCGACGACGCAUACGAGUCACUACAGAACGGUGACGGAGCCGGACGGUUCGAGACGACUCGUGGCGUUUAUUAACGAAGUGAACUGGAGAGUGAACCAUAAGAAUGAAGACGGAUCGGAGCAUCUUGGGACUACAAAUGCGGUGUUUUAUGAGUUUGAUGAAGACGGGAAGGAAGUGGCCAGACGCUCGUACCCGUAUCCGUCCUCGUACGUUCACGAUUUGAUCGUCACGGAAAACUAUUACGUUUUGUUCGAUUGCCCGAUUAAAAUUGAUUUCAAGAAGACCUUUACUGACUACUUGACACAAAACGCGUGCUUAUCCGAACUCAUUUGCGAAGACACCGAGCGACAGCCGUUAUUUCGAGUCUUCCCGAGGCGUGGGACGGAUAUGACGGUCCGAACGGCUCCGGCGGAUUAUUGGUGCUACGCGUACCACCACGUGAACGGUUUCGAAAACGACGACGGAGAUAUCGUGUUUGAUACGUGCACUUGGGAUAAGUUUACGUUGUAUUUCACCGAUAUCACGAACCCAAACGGGAAAGAUAACUUUCCAAGAAUGAAGUUGAGUCGAUUCAUCAUCGACAUGAAGAAGUAUGAAGCGAAACAUUAUUUAUUAUCCGAUGUUCCUUGCGAGUUGCCCAUCACGUCUUGGGAUUACACCGGGGAAAAGUACGAGCACAUGUACUUGUCCACCUCGGUUGGUCGCAAAGAUGGUGUCAACGGCCCGAUGCAAGCGUUGACGAAGUGCUCGCUUAAAACGGACGAGACAAAGCUGUACACGGAGGAACAGUGGAUCCCCGGGGAGCACAAGUUUGCCAUGGAACCGUUUUUCGUCCCGAGAUCGGGGAAAGAUUUGGAUGAAGACGAUGGAUGGGUCGUUGCGUUAGUGCACGAUGCGAGGUACGAAGACUCUGACUUUGGCGGCAGAGGGACGGAGAUGGUUAUUAUCGACGCGAAGAAGUUCUCGGAAGGACCAGUCGCGCGUUUGCGAUUACCGAAAUACGUUCCUUAUGGCGUCCAUGGCUCGUGGUCGCCAGAAUACAUCGCUGGUCCGCCGAAAGCGGACGAGUUGGCGCGUUUGGAGGAGUUGAGAAAGAAUAGCGAUGGAAAGGUCCCGAUUUCGUUGGGGCAUAAAGACAUCAUCCAAACGACGAGUAAGAAAGAGGUGGAGGAAUUAGAUUUGCGAAAGGUUGGCGCAGGCAUUGGCGGCGCUUUGUUGGGUAUCACCGCUUUGAGCGAAAUGGUUGGACAAAUGGGUUUCUUCCAGUAA